CUCAACUUCACAACUCAAGAAGAAAGAAGAGGAGCUAUAGAGCUCAACUAAACAAAGCACGAAACAGUAAUGGCCUCCUCCAUGUUCUCAUCGUCUGCCGCAGUUGCCACCGCCGCCUCCCCGGCACAAGCCAGCAUGGUCGCACCAUUCACCGGCCUCAAGUCUGCCGCAGCUUUCCCCAUCACCAGAAAGACCAACAGUGACAUUACCUCACUCCCAAGCAAUGGCGGAAGAGUGCAAUGCAUGAAGGUGUGGCCUACAGUUGGUAUGAAGAAGUUCGAGACUCUGUCCUACCUUCCACCACUUUCUCCCGAGUCCUUGGCCAAGGAAGUUGAUUACCUUCUCCGCAAAGGAUGGGUUCCCUGCUUGGAAUUUGAGUUGGAGCACGGAUUCGUGUACCGUGAGAACCACAGGUCACCUGGAUACUAUGACGGCCGGUACUGGACCAUGUGGAAGCUACCCAUGUUCGGAUGCACCGACUCUGCACAAGUGUUGAAGGAGCUCGAGGAGGUCAAGAAGGCACACCCAGAUGCUUUCGUCCGUAUCAUCGGAUUCGACAACGUCCGUCAAGUGCAGUGCAUCAGUUUCAUCGCCUACAAGCCUGCAGGCUUCUAAUUCACUUGCAUUAGUCAUUUGUUUCAUCCGCCCAUCCAUCCUUUAUAUCUAAUGUAAUGUACCCCUGGAGCUAGCUUUUUAAGCUGUUGCUGGGUCCGUUUGUGGUUCCCUUUGAAUUCCAAUUUGAAUUUGUAUUUGUUUUAAUUAGGCUGCAUGUGCAACACCGUUCUUUCUCUUUCCUUUUUCGAGACAAUCUUGUUUGUUUCGAAUUUGGUUCUGUUUCUCGGAUUCAGAAUGGAGUGGUUGUUGAGAAGUAAUGAAUAAAGCUUAUCCGUGUUUCA